GUGCUGUUAUCCGUAGCUAAGAGAAACCGGAAGUAGAACUCUACAGCAACGGUGAGGCUGCCUGCUGUCCUGCACUAUUUAAUAUCACUUCAUUUCACCUUCCUGCCUUGUAAAUAUAUUUAUAUUUGUGUGUAUAUAUAUAUAUAUUUAUUUCUAUAUAUAUACAUAUACACUAAUAUCCUUCCGUGAUAUUGACUGGAAGAAAACGUCGCAGAACUUCCUAUACAUAUAUACACACAUAUAUAUAUAUAUAAUACCAUGAUAGAAGUGACUCGCCAGACGAGAUAUCAUUCUCUGUUAAUAUCUCUAUGAAUAUAUAUAUAUAUAAGGCUUAGUUGAACUGGUGGCAAACAGUAAUACAUUGUUAAGCAACAAGGAAGGCACGCUGACGCUAUUCUUUCCUUCCUGGAAGGAAAAAAUCUUAACAUUUUCAUUUAUAAAUAUCCACACACACACACAUCCAUAUAUUUCUGUAGACGUCGUAGAAAAAGAUCCUACCUCGCUCUGCCUUCUCUCUUGUACAGACGUAGACACCACUGUUUAUUAGAUCUGUUUUAAGGCUUUAAACAAUACAUCAGACGUCUGUUGCUGUUAUUAUUUCAUUCAAAAGGGGAAACACUAAACAUUAAAAAAGACUAUUUUAUAAAUAAAACUAGAAGAAACAUGUUGAAAAUGACAUCCACCACCAGGAACUUGUAUACGACGAUUGUUACUGGGAGAUAUGUUGGGAUUAUUUUCGUUUUGCUUUUAGCCACGUCGUUUAUCGUUGGAGUAAAUGGAGCCGACAACAACUCAACACCAGCGACUCCAGCAACAACGGUGGCACCCACAGAAGUAUCUUCAAAUGAAACUACAACAAUUAUAACUACAACAAAUUCAGCUCCUACCACUCCGCAUGAAACUACUACUGUUUCACCUUCAUCCUCGUCAGCUAACACCUCAGCAGCUAAUGGUUCAUCCACAGCAGUACCUGUCACCUCAACCACACAUCCCACCUCCCCUGCCUCAUCCACCAAACAGCACUUUGAUGCAGCUUCCUUCAUUGGUGGUAUUAUUCUGUGUGCUGGAGUUAUUGCCAUAGUGUUUUUUGGUUGUAAAUUCUACAAGGCCAGGCAAGAGAGAAAUUAUCACACUUUGACGAGUUCAACUGUCGCCCGCUAUUGAUUGCAGUUAUAGCUGGUCCCUCGUCAUUGAUUGUAGUUAACUGCUCCCUUGUCAUCUGAUGCAUUAGUUUUUAAAUAGGUUUUUUUUAUUUAGUUCUCCCCACCUCCAAACAGAUUAAUUCUAGAGCUAAGGUUUCUUCCUAUUGUUUCUCCUCUCUGUUCACAAUAGGUCGGUCGUGAACUCAUAAUGUAAAUGCAAGAGAUUUGUCUUGGGAUAAAAAGUGCAACCACCACUAAAUGAUGCCUAGUUCUUGUUCAAAUGAAAGUUUCUUUAUGUUUAGGUUGCUAGAGUGAAUAUCAAAGAUUAUAUUUUGGUGAAAAUAAAACCUGGUUGUAAUUCAAGCUGAAACUUAUAAUUCUAUUUAUUUUUAUUUUUUUAACAAACAUUCCCUUUUCUGGCUACUAGGAACUGUUCUCUCUACCAUUGGAGGUGAGCUUAGUUUGCUAUCAUUGAGACUGGAACCCAGUAACAGACCCUUUAUCUUCUAAUUCUGAAUAAAAGUUUUGACUCGUA